AUGAGGAGGCUAGAAGUUAAGUUACAAAAGGAACUGAGAAGUAUUUUGAAUCAGGAAGAGCUUAUGUGGUACUAUUCAAGAGCUAGGUGGUUAGUUGAUGGGGAUCGUAACACCAAAUAUUACCAUAUGCAAACCAUCUCUAGAAGGAAGAGAAAUCGUAUUAAUAUGCUGAGGGAUGAUAAUGGCAACUGGAUUACAAAGCAUGAAGAGUUAAAAGAUCAUGUCACAAAAUUUUAUAAAGCUUUGUUUGCGCGCAACAACAACUGGUGUAACUGGAAGCAAACUGAUAUCAAUUUCCUGGAGCUGAGUAUGGAUGCGAUUCACCAAUUAGGGAAGGACAUUAGUAUUGAUGAAGUCAAGAGUGCUCUGUUUUCUAUGAAACUGUGGAAGGAACCAGAGCCAGAUGGUUUUCCAGUUGGGUUCUAUCAGAAAGCUUGGGAUGUGGUGGGUGUUGAUUUAAGUAAGUUUGUUAAGGAAACUUGGCAGAACCCUAGCAGUAUUACAGACAUUAAUAGGGCAGAUAUAUGUCUUAUCCCGAAAGUUGAUCAACCCUAA